GCCGCGAUAAACCGGCAAGUCGGUUUCGGGUCGCUCAGUGUUUUCCGCGAAUCGUCGUCCGAAAGUGAAUCUCGCGCGCCGAAACUCGUCGCGAGUGUUGUGUCAGUGCGUGGCGUUCGUCGUAACGCAUAAAUCGUUGUGUGCAGACGCGUAGUGUCAGUGAUCCGUCUGUGUGUCCGCGGAAUCGAGCAAGAUCCCUCCUCCCUCGCCCCGCCAUUGUCCGACAUUUUCACUUUCAUUUUCACGAAAGUGCGAUUUUAAGUGUAAUAAAAUGGAAUUGGUCGAAGUCGAAGCAAGUCGAAGGAUUCGCUGCGUUUGAAAAGCGGCGCUUGUGCCGCGAGUGUGGCGGCACUCUCGCGCGGACAUGAGGUGGCGCCAGCCGCGCCCGUAUAAGAGUCGCGUCCGUGAAGUUCCGCGCUUCAGUAGUGUGGGUGAUCGUAGCGGGAGGAGGGUGGCUCCGCGCGCGGUCGCACCGCGAAACCGUGCCCACUCGCCUCGACCACGGAACGUCCACUCGUUUUCACGUCUCGUGCGAAAACAUGGCGGCCGACGACGAGCCGAUGCAUCUGUACGAGGUCUUUCAGAACUGCUUCAAUAAGAUCGCCAACAAGCAAACUGAAAAGUCAACCUUUCAAACGCCGUAUGGAUCCACGAUAGACAACGGAAUGGCGUACGGCGGUGGUGCAUUCGGUCCUACAGCGGGUGGACCGGGGGGGCCGGGUGGAGGUGUCGGGGGUGGCGGUGGUGGCAGCGGGGGUAGUGGUGGCGUCGAGGGCGCUACCUAUCCCCCGGACUCGCCGUAUUUUCCGUUCGACCAGGGUGUACCGGUUACCGUAGGUACCGUGAGUACUCCUACCCCUGUCGUGAAUCCAGCGACCCCCACUGGUACCAACGGCGCACGGUUACCUAAUCCCGCUGGCGGUGCUGCAACAGUGAAGAGAAAGAAGGACAACCUCGACGGACCGGAAGGAGAAGUAGUAGCAACGCAGCAUUGGUAUGGCUCGGAUGAAUUUGGGCAGGACUCGCCGAGAUACACGUCGCCAAAGGGUGCCCUUUACGCAGACUCUUAUUAUAUCGAUGGCAAUACCGCAGGAACCGGUCCUGGUGAUCCGUGGACGGGUAGCGGCGGUGGUGUUCAACCCCCAUACAGUGGAUAUGCACCCCCUCACCUGGCGCAGCCAGCCUACCCAAUGCACCUACCCCACGACCCCAUGGCAUACUCGGCGAUGUCGCCGAACGGUGAAUCUGCAGCGCCGAUCCUGGGCUCGGCGGUGACCAGUGCGGCUUCCCUGCCGCCAAUGUCGACAUUCCGGGGUAGCGCCGCGGUCGCGGCGAACAGCGGCACAGGGGCGCCGUCCCCGGCAUCGUUGCAAUAUAGCCAUAGUCCUGGUGCACCGACGACCGCGCCCUCCGCGCCCAACGCUGCGCCCACGACGAAUCAGCAAUCUACCACGGACGACACCCUCGGCAAGACCCUCGCCUCAGUCGUAAGCAACCGAAUUUUUCCCACGGACCAAUCAGUAUCCAGUUAUAGCAGUAAUCCAUCUACUCCCGUCAGUUCGCCGCCACCUUUAGCCGGCUCGGCUCCAAGCUGGGCACCUGGAGCCGCGCCAGUGUCCCCGCACUUUACGGCGGACCCAAAUCGUGGUAUUCACAUGCCGGCGCCUGAACAGCAGAGGCUAGACGAUGCCAUCGGCUUCCUUCGCGACCAUGCCGAGGGGACACGGAUGGAGGAACGACUAGACGAUGCCAUAAACGUUCUGAGGAAUCACGCCGAGAGUCAAGUGGGCCUUCACCUCGGCCCGGUUGGUCCACACGGCGGGAUAUACUCGCAUACCUCACCACCGCAGCUGGACCAUCUGACGAGUCCACAUCCUGCGGUAACGGUAACGCAACCUCAGGGUUCCUACCCCGGUCUUACGCCCACGCCCGAUACAGAUGGUUCCAUUAAAAUAGAAAGGUUACCUGUGACAAAUGCCAAAUACAUCCCCUUAGAAAAGAGGAAAGAUCCGCCCGACAGUAGUGGCGGUGAAACGAAACCAUCGAGCAGCGAACUUGCGGCGGCAGGUGUAAUCGGAGCUGCUACGGUCAAUUCGACGUCGCAGGGAAAAGGGACGAAGAGAUCGCGCAGAUAUUGUUCGAGCGCUGACGAAGACUGCGACGAUCCUGGCACUAAAGCGGUGCGCGAGAAAGAACGUCGCCAGGCCAACAACGUGCGUGAAAGGAUACGUAUCAGAGAUAUCAAUGAGGCUCUAAAAGAACUUGGCAGAAUGUGUAUGACGCAUCUAAAGACAGACAAACCUCAAACGAAGCUCGGUAUUCUCAACAUGGCUGUUGAAGUUAUAAUGACACUCGAACAACAAGUCAGAGAGCGGAAUCUUAACCCGAAAGCUGCGUGCUUAAAAAGAAGAGAGGAAGAAAAAGCCGAGGAUGGUCCUAAGUUACCAGGCCAUCUUGCAGCGCACAUAGCACACCCGCAUUCUCAUCCACAUGCACACUCCCAACCACCCUUCCCCACAUUACCUGGUCCACAACCUUCCCUUCAGCACAAUCCACCACAACCGCAGUAGCAGCGGCUCAGUGGCAGUAUCAUUCUGUGUUAAGGGGUAGAUACAUCUUAAAAUCGAUAACAAGUUUACGAAUAUAACUUGCAUAUCUAUAUAGAAAUUUUUUCUGCUCUCAUAUAAGUUGUAGGAGUGUGCAAAAAAAUUAUGAAUGUUAUUGUGAUGCGCUGCGUUGAUCGAAAAAAAGAAAAGGAAAGAGAAUAUAAUUAAUCGUUAUAUAAAAAAUU